AUGAAGAUCUAUUUGUACGCUUUUUGCCUCCUCGCUGUCCGCUUAUCAGUGGCAGCAGAUGUCUACAUUGAUCGAAAGGGACAGGAUGAUAACCCUGGGUCGGCCGAGAAGCCUGUCAAGAGUAUCAAAAAAGCACAAGAGCUUGUCCGCAAACUCAGUUCGUCCGCGAAAGAUGAUGUCACUGUCCAUUUUGGCCCAGGUACCAAUGGUUUCACGGUUACAUGGGCUGGCUCAGACACUGUCAUCUCUGGAGGAUAUGAGAUCAGCAACUGGACUGAAGGCAAGAACGGGAUAUGGUCUGCCUCUGUACCCGAGGGAACCAAAUCCCGUAAUCUUUACGUAAACGGGUUGGCUGCUCAAUAUGCCAGACGCCAGAUCCAUAACCGGAAGGAUUUCGAGUACACUAAAGUCGGAAUGACCUGGAACAGCUCGAAUUACGAUUGGAUCAUGAAAACUCCUGGCAUUGAGAACGGCGAACUCCGUGCUGUUAACUCCUUCACCGAUCGGGUUGCGCUCAUCGAAAAGGUUGGAGAUCGCGUGCUUGAGAUGAAGAGGGAUAUAUGGGCCAACCAACUCAUCGGCUAUGACCAGAUUGCAGAGCCUUUUUGGGAUGGAGGUGUCUGGAUCCAGAACGUCAAAGCCUUGCUGACUGACGGCGGCCAAUUCUACCUCGACAGGAAGGAGUCGACUAUCUAUUACAAACCGUUAGUGGGAGAAGAUAUGGCCACUGCAUCUGCCCAUCUCGGCAUCCAAGAAGUCCUCAUGGUCAUUGGCGGAACAUAUGAAGAGCCCAUUCACGAUUUGCAAUUUGAAGGAAUUACUUUUAAGCAAAGCACUUGGCUGAACCCAGACACUUAUGGGUACAUAGAUCAGCAGACCGGCGGGCAUAUGGGAAACGACGACCUAUGGCCUAACUUUGAAGCUUCGAGGCCUCAUUGGUGGCAGAUGCCCAGUGCGAUUCAGGUCAGUGCGGCAUAUAAUAUCAACCUAAAGAAUUGUACUUUUCGCGAGUUGGGUGCUGGAGGCAUCGGUGUUGGAAACGACAAGAAUGCGCACUUGACAGGUGUCGGCCUCGGGGCAAACAACAUCCGCGUCGAUGACAACUACUUCACUCAAGUGAUGGGGAACAGCAUUACCGUGGGAGGUAUUCAAGCCGACGCACAUCAUCCUUCCCAACCGGAAAUGCUCGUGUCUCACAUCCACGCCUCAAACAAUGUCUUCAACAAUAAUUCGGUUCUCUGGUCAUCUACUGUCCCUAUUCUGUUUACAUACACGCAGUUUUCUUCCAUCACACACAACGAUAUUUACAACCACCCAUAUAGCGGCAUUUGCCAUGGCUAUGGCUGGGGAAGCAAUGAUGAAGGAGGCAGUCCAGAGUACGCUAAACGAGGCCUUUACAAGUACCAGCCUAUUUAUGACACACCCACCGUGAUGAGAGAUAAUCUAAUCGAGGGAAAUCUAAUCCACCAUUUCGGUCAAUCUCACACUGACUUUGGAGGCGUAUACACGCUAUCACGGUCACCAAACACAACCGUGUCGUCCAACUUCAUCUAUGAUGCAGGGUGGCAGGCACUAUACCCAGACGAAGCCUCAAGAAAUAUCACCUGGUUCAACAAUCUCGGCUUCACCUCAGGGAAGUAUUAUGCGCCCAAUGAUUGGAUUCCAGAGCAGCUCACUGGGUGGAACACCGUCAUUGAUAACUGGGGUAAGCUCGGGGUCAAAGACAAUGAGGUCCUGGAUGGAUUCCCAAACCAUUCCGGGAGACGCAAUAAUACGUUUCUGCGUAACUACCUUGCCCCUUAUGUAAACGGGACAAGCCUCGUUGCACAGAGAGCUGCAUACCGUGCUGGCGUUAUCCCGUCCAAGCGCAAGGGAAAACGAGUGACAAACUCCCCGGAUAUCGCUGAUGCCUACCUCGAUGUUCAAGUCAGCCAUCGUCGAGUUGUUGUUAACGUAACUAACUUUGACGAUGUGGACUUGAGCGAUGUUGCCUUCCGUGUUUCGGGUCCUGGUAUCACUUUUAAGAGAAAAUCAAGCCCUCCUUCCAUCCCUGCUGAUGGUUCUGCGGCUGCUGUAUAUACUUUCUCUGGCUCUCCGGAGGGGAAUGCUACGGUGAGAGUGAGCUAUAUGAACCCGAGAACGCGGCCAUCUAGCAGGGAGAAGGGGUUUUCGAUUCCUACAUAG